AUGGGUUCAGAAAGACUGUCAGAGACUCACGCUGACAUGGAGGUCCUCGUGAGACGAGGAAUGACCAAAGGAUAUGAAGUAUUUUCUUUACUCACCCCACCGGCAUACGCUGCUUUUGUGCUCAUGCGGAAAGGUAAAGGCCACUUCACUGUCAAUCGAUUCCUUCGCGCGACAUGGGUAUGUGGUGCAGUAGGAUGCGCAGGAGGAGGCGCACUCGAGUAUAUUCGCUCAUCCAGGGCCAGUGAAGCCACUGUGAGGAAACGGCGCCUGCAACACGCCUACGACACUGCUUCAUUACGUGCCGACGACCACUCUACUAUUGGCGCGAUAUUGUUUGCGGUGUUAACGCCUGCAAUUUUCUGGAAGAGAGCGAGCACAGUGAACUUGGUGAUUGGUGGCGCUGGGAUUGGUUCUGCUAUUGGGCUCCUAACACAUUAUGGACGAACAGUAACAGGGGAUAUAACACCAGAUACACAAAUCCCCGAUAUUCCCGCUACAUCGUCAUAA